GAUGACGAAACUUCCAUUCAUGCUGUUUGCACUUGCAGAAGUCUUCAGGGUGUCAAAUUCAGAAUGUUCCAAAAUCUGGGAGAGAUUCCGGCGGAGAAACUGUGAAUUUUCUGCGUGUCGUCUGCAGAAUUCUGCCUUGACAGAAUCCUAUAGCUUCAUCUGAUUUUAAUAGCAUCUCUUACCCGAAAACGAGGAAGAAGUUUUGUCUUCGGGUGACAGGUCGUUCUCUAGGAGGACACAAAGGUCUCUCGGUCUAAGAGCUAGGGAUCCAUUUGCGCUUCAUUAACAAUGUUUUUGUGUGGCAUGCAUUUUGUAUGGACGUCACCGUCUUUACCAAAAUUAUAUGCAAACGAUUCAACAAUACCAACGACAGUAGAAGAUGGAUCAUGGAUGGCAUCAAUUGAAUUAUUUGGUGAUAUUCCAGCUGCACCUGUUUCAGCAUUUGCAGCAGAUUAUUUUGGCCGAAAAAUGACCAUGCUAUUAACUGCAAUACCAUUUUUAGGCAGUUGGUUAUUAAUUGCGUUCGCUAAAGAUACGAGCACACUUAUAACAGCACGAUUUGUGGCUGGUUUUGCCACUGGAUGUAUAUUUACAAUGCUUCCCAUGUAUAUUGGUGAAAUAUCUGAUCCAGAUAUACGUGGAAGUUUAAGUAAUGGACAAAUGGUCAUGUUUGAUGUUGGUUCAUUGUUUUUCUAUAGUGUUGCACCAUGGAUUUCAAUCAAAUUAAUGGCAUUAAUAGGAAGCAUAUUUCCAUUGAUUUUUUUUGCUACAUUCUUUUUUAUGCCCGAAUCGCCAUAUUAUUAUUUAAUGAAAGAGGAUCCACAAAAAGCAAAAGAGUCAUUAAAACGCUUACGUGGUGUACGUAAUAUUAAGGAAAGUGAUUUUCAAGAGUUAAUCAAAAGCAUGGAAAUUGAAAAUACUCAAUCAUCAAAAUGGUCCGAUUUAUGUAAUUCCUAUCUCAAAGGGUUAAUUAUAGUUUUAGGAUUGAAAACGUUACAAAUAAUGAGUGGCGUGUAUGCGAUAUUGACAUACGCGGAAUUAAUAUUUGAUCAGGCUGGUGGUAUAUUUUCCGGUAAAACAUCAUCGGUUUUAUUUGGUAUUGUGCAAUUCUUAAGUAGUUUAGGUUCCUUAUUAUUUGUGGAUGGGAUUGGUCGUCGACCUUUACUAAUAAUAUCCUGUAUAGGAUGUUUCCUUGCAUUGUCAGCCCAAACAGUUUAUUUCUAUUUACAAUUACACAAUCUCUAUGAAUUAAAUUUUCUUGGUUGGAUACCUAUAUCAAGUUUAUUGUUUUACACAAUGGCGCAUGGUAUUGGCUUAGGACCGAUUCCAUAUCUAAUUACUGGAGAAAUAUUUCCCACGAAUAUUAAAGCAAAAGCAUUAUGCGUUCUUGAUCUUUAUGCUGCUCUUAUUGAAUUUAUUGUAUUAAAAAACUAUCAAAUUAUUGCAAAUUCAUAUGGUAGCCAUGUUCCGUUUGGUAUAUUUUCCAUAUCUUGUAUUGUAGGUAUUGUUUUUGUUCUUUUGAUGGUACCUGAAACUAAAGGGCAGACUUUAGAGCAAAUACAAGAAAUUAUGAAAAGUAAAAUACAUGUGAAGCCAAAAUGUUUAACAAAAGUUUGAUAAUUGAUGUUUUUUAUUAUUAAAUCGCAUUUUCUAAAUGGCACGUAAUUGAAAAGAGUUAAAUAAAUGUUAAAACAGAGUUUUCAAUUUUGGUUAGAAUAUUAACUUUAAGAAAAGAAAGAAGGAUGUUGAUUUAAAUUGAGAUUUGAAAGUAACAAUUACGAAUGCAUGAAUUUGAAAACGGAAAUGUAUUCAAAUUUAUACAUAUUCUCAUAUUUAAAUUUAUACAUAUAC